AUGACUCCGGAAGCGGAUCAACGAGCACCACCGCCAUCACCAUUACCGCCAUGUGUGGACCUUAAUGCGCCAGGCCGCUCUUCUGAUUGUCCAAGAUAUCGCCAUCUGUGCAAUGAUACGGUUUAUUACGAUUUGAUGACCCAGCAAUGCCCUCGGACGUGCAAUCGUUGCCCUGAUUCGGCAGGAAAUUACCCUCGACCAAGUAAUCGUUUCCUUUACUCUUUUAAAACGUGA